AAUAUAUGUUUCUACAUUUACGUAAAUAUAAUAAUUGACUUCAGUGUCGACUUUAUACCCUCGUUCAGUUGAACAAUUAAUUCACACCAUUGAACAAGUUCCUCACAAUAGCAUUUAUACGCAUAAAUUCGUAAGGAAAGAAUUGUAAAACCAUGACACUUGGUGAGGAGCAACAAAAAACUGUUCAGGGAUACGCGAAAACAGACUCUUUGAGAAAUACCAAAUUGAUUAAACAUAGCGAAUCUAUGGAUAAUGGAUGCGUCGAGAAACCAAAUGGCAAUGCAAAGCAUCAUCAAAAGCAGAACGACGAAACUAUUUUAUUUCUGCGAGCAGCUCGUAGUGGUGACAUUGGAAAAGUACUUGAAUUCAUCAAUGAUGGUCUAAUCAUGGACAUUAAUAGCUGUAAUGCGAACGGUUUGAACGCUUUACAUCUGGCAGCAAAGGAUGGAUUUGUUGAUAUUUGCAAUGAGCUCUUAAAACGUGGCAUCAACGUAAACAGUGACAAAAAAGGCAACACUGCACUACAUAUUGCAUCGUUGGCUGGCCAACAGCAAGUGAUCAAACAGCUUAUACUCUAUAAUGCCAAUGUGAAUGUGCAGUCACUGAAUGGAUUUACUCCAUUGUAUAUGGCUGCGCAGGAGAAUCACGAUGGCUGUUGUCGUCUACUGCUUAGUAAAGGUGCGAACCCAUCACUUGCUACUGAGGAUGGUUUUACUCCUUUAGCCGUUGCAAUGCAGCAAGGGCAUGAAAAGGUUGUAGCUGUGCUUCUCGAGAGCGAUGUGCGCGGCAAGGUGCGUUUGCCAGCCCUUCAUAUUGCGGCCAAGAAGAAUGAUAUUAAUGCCGCCAUUAUGCUGUUGCGUCAAGAUACAAAUGCUGAUAUUGUAUCCAAAUCUGGUUUUACUCCUCUUCAUAUUGCAGCACAUUAUGGUAAUCGCGAAUUUGCUGAAUUAUUGCUCGAGCACGGUGCUAAUGUAAAUUUUACUGCAAAACACAACAUUACGCCACUACACGUCGCUUGCAAGUGGGGUAAGUCAGAAGUUUGUCGUCUUCUUCUUGCUCGGCAAGCUCAAAUUGAUAGUACUACCCGAGAUGGUCUUACUCCGCUCCAUUGCGCAGCGCGCUCUGGUCAUGUUGAUGUUAUAGAGCUGCUCUUGUCUCUGAAUGCACCGAUUAUGUCUAAAACAAAGAACGGAUUAUCAGCACUCCAUAUGUCAUCCCAGGGCGAACACGACGAGGCGGCGCGACUUCUACUCGACCAUAAGGCACCCGUUGACGAAGUCACCAUUGACUAUUUGACAGCGCUUCAUGUCGCCGCCCAUUGUGGCCAUGUGCUCGUGGCUAAGUUAUUGCUAGACUAUGGCGCUGAUCCGAAUUCCCGCGCUCUAAACGGAUUUACACCUUUGCAUAUUGCCUGCAAAAACCGUCUUAAGGUGGUGGAAUUGUUAUUGAAACACGGCGCUAGCAUUUCAGCCACCACAGAAUCUGGACUGACACCGUUGCAUGUCGCAAGCUUUAUGGGAUGCAUGAAUAUUGUUAUAUACUUGCUGCAACAUGACGCAAGUCCUGAUAUGCCAACUGUACGCGGAGAGACUCCACUUCAUUUGGCUGCACGCGCAAACCAGAAUGAUAUUAUUCGAAUAUUAUUGCGGAAUGGAGCCAAGGUAGAAUCCAUUGCUCGUGAAGGGCAAACUCCGUUGCAUGUCGCUGCACGUCUUGGUAAUAUUGACAUAAUUAUGUUGAUGAUACAGCAUGGUGCCGAUGUUAAUGCCAAAACGAAGGAUAUGUACACAGCCUUGCACAUUGCAGUAAAAGAAGGACAUGAGGAAGUAUGUCAAUUGUUAAUCGAAAACGGGGCACAGCUCGAUGCAAUCACAAAGAAGAGCUUCACUCCACUGCAUUUGGCUAGUAAAUAUGGCAAAACGAAAGUGGCAGAUCUGAUACUACGAAAGGGUGGUGCCAUCGAUUGUCAGGGCAAGAAUGAAGUCACUCCCUUACAUGUGGCCGUCCAUUAUGACCAUCAGCCCGUAGUUUUGUUACUUUUGCAACAUGGCGCAUCCACGCAAAUCGCCGCACGUAAUGGACACAGUGCUCUUCAUAUUUCGGCUAAGAAGAAUAAUUUGGAAAUUUCACAGCAGCUACUGCAUCGCGGUGCUCAAGUUGAUGCUCUAAGCAAAUCGGGCUUUUCCCUCUUCACUUGGCUGCUCAGGAGGGUCAUGUUAAUUUAGCUCAGCUGCUGCUUGAGCACAAGGCGAAUGCCAACAUUGCUGCUAAAAAUGGUUUAACACCCUUACAUUUAGCUGCCCAGGAAGGCAAUGUUGCCGUGUCACAAGUUCUACUUGAUGCGGGUGCUAAUAUUUCAGAGCGCACUAAAU